CGUAACUUCUCGGAAACAAUAACUGAUCUGAAAAAUGGGAAAGCUAAAAGAUUUAGUUAAAAAAAUUUUCAAAAAGAAGUCUCUGGUAGAGAAAGAGGAAGAGCCCAAAUGUGACGUGGCCAAAUCCAGUGAUUCGGAAGGCCAGGGUAAGCCGGACGAUGAUCAGGCUCUGAAUCUGGAAGAUGAAGCAGCGACCACUCUGCAGAUGUACAUCGAAAAGGUUAACGCGGAGCGAGCAAAGUUUUACUACAUCAAUCAGGAUCCGAAGACAGCGGUUCCGAUCUUGAGGGACGCUAACGGAGUUGCCACUAAGGACAAUCCCAAUUUUUGGCUAACUGUUUUCCAUAAUUCGUACUUUCAUAAAAUGAUUGAGGAGAAGGAUGAGCCGGCUUUGCGCUGUCUCACUGAUAUAACGGUUAAAUACUACAAGGGUGGGAAAUCCUUCGCUUUAAAGUUCUUUUUCGGCAAGAAUGAGCUGUUCAAAAACAAGGUGCUUACCAAGAAGUACUAUCUAAAGACCCCGAUUGAUAGACGCAAUCGGCUCGCCCUUUGCGCACCGCGUGUACUUCGCUGCAAGGGAUGCAGAAUCCACUGGGAGGAAAACAAGGAUACCACCAUUGAGACCUUUAAGCAGAAGAGGAACCUCGGUGGCGGAGACGAAGACGCAGAAGAGUGCUACAUUUUCAGAUCAGUUACAGUGCCAUCUUUCUUCAACUUCUUCAAGCCACCACUAAUCGAGGCCAGCGAUAGCAUUGAAGAGGAGGAUUUGGACGACGACGCAGAACUUCGCACGAAAAUAUACCAUUUGCAGAAGCACUAUGAGUUUGGCCACAUGCUGCGCGUGAAGAUCUUGCCGAAAGCCGGUCUCUACUUUACUGGCGAGAUUUUUGAGAAUUCACCGGAUACAACCGAGAGCGAAGAUGAUGACUAGCUGCCAGUGGGCCAUCAGAUCUCUUUGUUUAUUUUUUAUCAUUGUUAAGAUCGGAAUAUAUAUUUUCGCUAGAGGCAGAUCUACCUCGCCUGCCUUGCCUA